AUGUCCGGCGCCCUCCUCCCCCUCCGCGCCCGCCAUGCCCUCAUCACCGGCGCAUACGGCGGCAUCGGCGCCGCGAUCGCCGCCCGCUUCGCCGCCGAGGGCGCCCUUGUGACCCUGCUCGGCCGCAAGGAAGACAAGCUGCGCGAGCUCUGCUCCCAGCUCCCACCCUUCCGGGACACCCGACUCGCCCCCCUCACCGCCGCACCCAACCCCAACACCCGUCCAUCUCUGGAUGAGAAGCCCCCGGCGCACUCGUACGCCGUCAUGGAUGUAUCCGCCCAAGGCCGCGAUGAAGCCGUACUGGACGACAUCUGGAUAGACGUCCUUGUCAACGCCGCGGGUAUUGCGCAAUUCCAGCUGUUACAGAACACCUCACCCCAAGCCGCCAGCGAGCUCCUCGACACCAACCUCAUGGGAACCAUCUUCAUGUCGAGGUACAUGGCCCAACGCAUGAAGCGCAGGCGCGCAGACAGGGAUGCAUGCAUUAUCAACGUUGCGAGCUUGCUCGCCGAAAAGGGCAGCCCCGGCACCAGCGUGUACGCAGCGUCGAAAGCUGGCAUUAUUGCAAUGUCGAGAGAACCCCUCGAAAAGCGAAUCCCACUUGGGCGGCUGGGUAGACCUGAUGAGGUAGCAGACGCCGCCGUCUUCCUGGCCCAAAACACCUACGCCAAUAACUGCGUCCUCAACCUGGACGGUGGGCUAAGUGCAGUCUGA